AUGCAACUCACCAACCUCUUCUUCACUCUCCUCCUCUCCACCGCCGUUGUCGCCAAGGGCAACAAGACUACCAAGGCAGUCACAGACAAGAGUCUUUGCAAAGAGAUGGCCAGUCUCGAGAAAACUGUUGCUCUCGCCGCCAACACCACCAAAUUGGAUGAAAAGACCAAGGGGAACGCUACUAAGGCUGCCGAAAUCCAAUCCAAGGCCUCAGACGCUGCUACCACUCUAGCCACUAUGCAAUCAAAUACGACAUUGGUCAGCACCUGUGCUGUUAUCUCUGCUGCCGAAGACACUGAGGAUGAUUGCGACACCAUGACCACCUUGGCCAAGCUCGUCUCACUCGCCGCAAACACCACCAAGGUCGACGAGAAGACGAAGGGAAAUGCUACGAAGGCUGCUGAACUUCAAACCAAGGCGUCUGCUGCCGCGACUAAGCUUGCCACUCUUCAAUCGAACACCACACUUGUCGAUGCCUGCUCCUCAAUCAAGUCAGCUAAGGAAGCUUCCAAGUCUGAUACCAAAGCAGCCAAAGCCGCCGCAAGCUCGUCUGCAGCUUCAGCAGCUUCCGCUUCAAGCACAGCGAAGAGCGGAGCCGGCAUGGUGACUGCCCAGACUGGUGUUCUAUCUACAAUCAUCAUCGUUGCUGCGGGCAUGAUGAUGUUGUAA